AUGCUGUUCCAAAGUCGUCCCAAAGUCCUCGUGCCUGAAAAGCUAUCUCAAGAUGGCUUGGCCCUGAUGCGCAGUUCCCUCGAUGUCCACGAACGGAAAGAUCUGAGCGCCGAUGAGCUACUUGAGAUCAUCCCAGAGUACGAUGCGCUGCUCGUACGCUCCGAGACCAAGGUCAACGCUGCUGUGCUGCGUGCUGCCCGGCGUUUGAAGGUGGUUGCUCGUGCGGGUGUAGGAGUUGACAAUGUUGAUGUCCAGGAGGCAACAAAAUUGGGAAUAGUUGUCGUCAAUUCGCCCUCGGGCAACAUCAAUUCGGCGGCAGAACACACGGUUGCCCUGAUGAUGUCCAUGGCGCGAAAUAUCCCAGCGAGCUGUGCCAGUCUCAAAGAAGGGAAGUGGGAGCGAAGCAAGUAUGUAGGUGUGGAAGUCAAGGGCAAGACGUUGUCGAUUAUCGGACUUGGAAAAGUUGGGUUGACUGUCGCACGACUGGCCAAAGGCUUGGGUAUGAAUGUGAAUGCUCUCGAUCCUUAUGCCUCCGCAUCUGUCGCAGCGUCCGCCAGUGUUACACUCGUAUCAUCGUUGACUGAACUGCUCACAUCCUGCGACUUUCUGACCAUCCACACACCCCUCAUCGCCUCCACUCGAGGGAUGAUUGCAGAGGCUGAAUUAUCCCAGAUGAAAAAGGGUUCUCGCGUGCUCAAUGUGGCUCGAGGUGGCACAUUUGAUGAAGGUGCCCUACUUGCAGCUCUGGAAUCUGGCCAUAUUGCGGGGGCAGCCGUUGAUGUGUUUACAUCGGAGCCACCAGCCCCAGAUUCACCUGCAGCGCGACUUAUCGCGCAUCCACGGGCAGUUGUCACGCCGCAUCUCGGUGCCUCCACGGUGGAAGCACAGGAGAAUGUUUCAGUUGAUGUCUGCCAGCAAGUACUUGAGAUUCUGCAAGGCUCACUACCUCGCUCGGCUGUCAAUGUCCCCAUCAUCCUCCCCGAAGAGUAUAAAAAGCUGCAGCCAUUUGUGCGCCUGGUUGAAAAGCUCGGCAGCCUGUAUACUCAGCACUACGCCACCACCUCUGGGGGAUCAAUGACACAAAACACCUUUGAUCUGAUAUACCAAGGAGAGCUGGCUAAUAUCAAUAACACAAAGCCGUUGUUUGCAGCCCUGAUCAAGGGUCUACUGUCGCCUAUCAGCAGCACCGAGGGAUUGAAUGUAAACAUCGUGAAUGCUGAGCUUGUGGCCCGUGAACGUGGUAUCUAUGUCUCUGAGCAACAUUCCCGCGACCCAUCAGAGCACUCGUCAUAUUCAUCGCUGGUGACUCUUGUUGCCCGCCCACCAUCUCGCUCGUCGUCACGGGCGCCUGCUGCUGACACCUCUGUGCCUGUCCCAGCCCAACAGCAACGCAUCAUCUCUGGCACCUGCUCUGGAGACCAACUGCUGAUUACUCGCUUGGGCCGAUUUGAAGCUUCUUUUGAGCCCGAAGGAACCUUGCUGAUCUGUGAAAACUAUGAUUCACCCGGGAAGAUCGGAGUUGUGGGCAGCAUCCUUGGUCGAGAGGGAAUCAACAUCAAUUUCAUGACGGUGGCGCCGCUUUCGCCCAAGCAUGCUUUGCCUGUUCCCAGCAAGGAAGAUACCCAAGAGCCCCCGGCGAAGGGCGUAUUCUUGAAGGAAUCCUUGAUGAUCCUGGGGAUUGAUCGAAAUGUUCCCCCUCAUGUUACUGCUGACCUAGGUAAAGAAGGUGGGAUUCUGAGUGCUUACGCCGUUACUCUCUAG